AUGAACGACGACAACACAUCGCUACGCAUCGAUAGUGAUGAGAAUAGCCUUUCUCCCCGCAAACGAAGACGCUCCGAUGACUACACCAUGACUUCGUCCGUGAACGGCUCGAGGUCCCUCUUCAACAAUGCCGCGGACUACUCUCAGAAGGAAGAUAAUCCUUCCGAGUCAGAUCAAUCGAAUGCGAAGGCGAAAUUGGCAGACGAAAACGUGGCACCCUUCCUUGCCAAGCAUAUUCCGAGUCAAUACGCCCCUAUGGGUUUACGAGCGGACAAUGUGGUGGAACAGCCGCCGAGCAGCGUGAAUUCGAGGUAUUGUUACCGCCACCGGCCCGAUCUCAAAUGUCGACGGCAGGCCGAUGAGCCGUCCAUGGACCAGUUGCAACGAGAACUGCAAGCCCUGCCACAAAGUGAUCAGCAGGGAAUUUCCCACGUCUGGUCUCUCUUUUCCGCCGCUCCUGCAAAACACCGAAAGCUUAUGUUACAAGGGAUCCUCGCGCAAUGUUGUUUCCCCCAGCUCUCCUUCAUCUCCGCCAGUGUCCGUGACCUUAUACGAAUCGAUUUCCUAACAGCAUUGCCACCCGAGAUCUCGUUCAAGAUCUUAUCCUAUCUCGACACCGCCUCCCUAUGCAGAGCGGCGCAAGUGUCCCGCCGCUGGAGGUCUCUGGCCGACGAUGACGUUGUGUGGCAUCGGAUGUGUGAGCAGCAUAUUCAUCGCAAGUGCAAAAAGUGCGGGUGGGGUCUUCCGUUACUGGAACGCAAACGCCUUCGUGCAGCGAAGCCAGAAAUAGAACAGCGCGCUCUUAACUGGCAACCAAGCCAGGACUCGACAGGGUCCGCUGAUUCCCAAUCGGAUGGGUCCUCCGACUCCAAGCGAAAGUCCGAAUCAGAGGGGGAUAGCCGACUCGCCAAGCGUCCCUGCCUGUCUCUGUCAGAAUGUCGAACGGAGAAGGAUGGCAACAACAAAACAAAGGUUCGGCCUUGGAAGGAUGUCUACAGGGAUCGCUUCAUGGUGGGGACGAAUUGGAAAUACGGACGUUGUUCGAUCAAGGUGUUCAAAGGUCAUACAAAUGGUGUCAUGUGUCUUCAAUUCGAGGAUAACAUCUUAGCGACCGGCUCGUACGACGCGACAAUCAAGAUCUGGGACACUGACACUGGCGAGGAACUGCGGACUCUUCGGGGGCACGAGUCCGGAAUUCGUUGUCUGCAAUUCGACGAUACGAAGCUUAUCAGCGGUAGUAUCGACCGCAGCUUGAAGGUCUGGAACUGGCGCACUGGAGAGUGCCUUUCCACAUACACCGGACACAUGGGCGGUGUAAUUGGACUGCAUUUCGACUCUACCCUUCUGGUUUCCGGAUCGACGGACCGGACGGUAAAAAUCUGGAAUUUCGAGGACAAGUCCACUUUCGUCCUGCGCGGCCAUACCGAUUGGGUGAAUGCUGUGCGUCUGGAUACCCCUUCUAGGACGGUAUUUUCAGCCUCGGACGACUGCACCGCCAAGCUCUGGGAUCUGGAUACCAAGACUUGCAUCCGGACUUUCCACGGCCACGUGGGACAGGUCCAGCAGGUUGUCCCUCUUCCUAGGGAAUUCGAGUUUGAAGAGCAUGAUGCCGAACAUGAUGAUGACAGCUGCAGUGCGGUUUCUAGGGACGAACAUGAAUCAGAGUCGUUUUCGUCGAGCUCUUCGCCUUUCGGCCCAGCAUUCGAGGGGGCCGUCCUGAUCCUCCGAGAUACUUCCUGA